UUUGCCGCCUUUCUCCUCGUCGCAUCACCACCUCGCUUGGUCGCUAUUCGGGAUAUACCUUUACGCCCCGCCGCUCUCUUCCGUUACUUGUUGCUUCGCCCGCCCUGUGUUGUUUUAUGCAACGCUUUGUCGAUUCAAGCCACCACAUCACUCCGACCCUCUCUGGGCGCAUAUUGGGACGCGUACGCAUGGUACAUGUGCUGUGAGCGGCCUUUCACAUAGACGCCACACGAUUGCAAAGUCUGCCGGUGUGGGAAUCGAUACAGAUACCAGAAAACGGGCCUGCACGCUCCCUAGGGCCCUGAACGCCCUCACUUUGCCUCGAGACUGCAGCACCCAAUUCUAGGCAUGAGUGAAUACUCAUACCAGUCGCUGGCCAACAUGGGGCCACAAGGGCGGUGGCGUCGCGUUCUGCUAAUCGCCUUGGUGCCCAUGGUGGUGGCAUUUAUCUACUAUAGCACUCCCACUUCAUACAUGCCAGCUGGUCUGACUUCAGCCCCAUAUCCGCACACUCAAAAUAUAACACUUCCACAAGACGACCUAUCCAUGGCCACAAUAAUAAAAGCCCUCUAUGGCCCAAUAAUACACCCAAUAGACGCCGCAAACUUUACAGACGAAGAUGGAGAUGUUUACAGACUGGCUGGGGAACCAAGAUUCAAGACGCCGUUAGGAAAAAAGGUGCUAAUUUUGGAUAUUGACAGCAGACCCUUGACCGACGAGGGGCAGCUGAUGAACCAGCACUUGAAAUGGAAGGGCAUGCGAUCCCUUUCCGCCGGCAUGCUGGGCCACUACAUGUUUGCCCAAAUACACGGUUACGACUAUAAAUUUAUCCGUGCACCUGACUACGAAGACCGCUGGGGCACCUGGGUUAAGGUGCCCAUGAUGAAGGAAGCCCUCAAGACUCACGAAUACAUUGUCUUCAUGGACUCGGAUGUCAUGUUCCAUUACCCACACCUACCGCUCGAAUGGCUCCUGAACUACUGGAACAUGACAGACGACACUCUUGCAAUGAUGUCGAUUGACCCCAACGAGCCGCAAAACUACGACGAAAAGGGCAACCGCUAUCUCAACACUGGGUUCGUCAUUGCGCGCCAGAGCAAGCGAACACAGGAAAUGUACAAGGCCUGGGCAGAGUGCCCCUCGGAGACGCGCUACAAGGGCUGCGCAAAGUGGAAAAAGGGCUGGGCGCACGAGCAGGCUGCUUUUGGAAACUACCUGCGUUACGACUUUGACCGACCAAACGAUAUCCGUGUCCUGCCUUGCGUCGAAGCCAACGGCGCGCCCGAAGCAGAAAAGCGAGGUGGUUGCAAGGGCGUCUUUGUGCGACACUUUUGGGUAGACAAGGGCCUGGUGGCCAAGAACCUGGCAGACAACGUGAUGCAGUAUUUCCUCCCCAGGCUACACGAGGCGUACCUGGGCUCGGCAAACGAGCACAUUGUCGACGCAAAGGGAUUCCGACUCGAGGGCGCCGAUUUGAUUGAAAUGACCGAUGCGGAGAAGGAGGCAGCCAAGAAGGAGAAGGGAAAGAAUCAAAAGGAUGAGGGAUGGUAGUGUUGUCCCUUUGCUCCUCUUGAAAUUUCACUAUAAUGUUUUCUGUCGUCUCUACUUUUUUUUUCUCAUGAGACGCCUCUUUUUGAUGUGCUUUCUGUCGUCUUUUUUUUAACGUCCUUCUCUCUGUUCCUUUCUCAUUCUCUCUCCAUAUCCAUCUUGUUAUACCAUUCUAUCACACGACCUCAGUUUAGAAAUCUAGCGUUCAAACCAAGUUUUCUUUUUUUAUCUUGCCUUCUUUCUUUUUAGGGCACACAGGUCAGGAUUGGCGGACGGUUUUGGGUUUGAGUUUUGGUUCUAGUUUGGAUUCAAUGUGGGGGGAGAUGGGAAGUCCAUACACAUCUUCGCAAUACUGCGUGUC